AUGGACUGUUUACCACACCUGAAUAGUCUCUUGCUUUCUACUAUUGAUGAUGUCAAACAAAUUUAUUUUCCAACAAGUUUUGCAUUAGUUGCUCUGUAUUUUCCUAUAUUUCUUCUGGCAAUAUUUAAUCGUUCUAUUAUAAAAAUAUCUAAAUGGAUUCUUACAAUACCAAUUAUUAUCUAUCUUCUUAUUAUACCAAUAUGUCAACCAUUUUGUCAUAUACCAUUAUUUAAUGCAUGUAUUGCAAGUUUUGCAAUAUAUUAUGCACAAAAAAUUUGUGAAUGGAUAUUAAUACGACGAAAAGAAUUUUAUCGUUGGUCAUUUUUUGAUAUUCAUCAUGAAUUAUUCUAUUAUCGUGUUUAUACAUUACCAAUAAGUGUUAAAAAAUUAAAAAAAAAAAAAAAAGAAAUUAUUUUUAGUGGACCUAUACAAUAUGAUAAACAUUUUAAAUCAUUAAUAUAUAUAUCAUGUAAAAUUAUACAAUAUUAUUUAUUAUUAGAUCUUUUAAUUUUUUUUCUUAAUGAAAUUUUUAGUACAGAAUUUUAUCAAAAAUAUUAUAAAAAAUUUUUAGUUUUACAAAUUAUUAUUAAUCAAUCAAGUGGUAUUAUUGUAUAUCUUCUAUUUGUAAUUAAUUAUGAUAUACUUCGAUAUAUACUUUGUUUAAUAUUUAAUCGACCACUUAAAUUAAUGCCUGAAUUAUUUCAACAACCUUAUCGAGCAAUAUCACCUGCUGAUUUUUGGUCAAGAUGGCAUCAAAUAUUUAAAAAUACUUGGAUUGAACUUAUUUUUAAACCAAUAUCAAAAUUAAUUCUUUAUUGUUGGCCUUAUUCACCGAAAUAUGUUGUUAAUGGUAUUUCAUCAAUGUGUGUUUUCUUAUUUUCUGGUAUUGUACAUGAAUAUUAUACUUAUGUAGCAUUUUCAAAAUUUUCUGGUAAUCAAAUAAUAUUUUUUCUUCUACAAGGUUUAGCUGUUUGUAUUGAAUAUAUACUUAAACGUCAAUUUCAUCAAAUAUAUAUUCCAAAAUCAAUUAGUUUUUUAUUAACAUUCAUAUUUAAUGGUAUUACAGCUGGUUAUUUUAUGCAACCAUGGAUAUCAUAUUUUGUUAAAAGACAAGCAUUUAAAUAUUCAUUAAUGAAUUUAAUUAUACGAAUUUUAUCUGAUAAAUAUUGA